AUGGCUCGUGGAAAUCAAAGGGAAAAGGCUCGUGAAAAGAAUUUGAAAAAACAGUCUAAACAGACCAAAAAAAAAGAAGAUGGAACUGCUUUUAAAAAACGAGCCGAAAGUGAUGCUGAAAUUAUGAGGCAAAAGCAACAAAAAGCUUUGGAAAAAAAAUCCACGGACACUGUUCAAGUUGAUAACAAAUGA